AUGGCAGACACACUGCCUCAGAAUGCGGAUUAUCUCAUUAUCGGUGGUGGGACUGCAGGACUGGUCGUUGCAAGCCGACUAGCAUCCGAACUUCCAGACAAGCAAGUUGUGGUUUUGGAGAGUGGCCCCGAUCGUACGGCAGAUCCUCGAGUCCAGAAUCCCAAUGCUUGGCGCACCUUGGGUGGAUCAGAACUCGAUUGGCAGUUUAAGAUUGAGCCCCAGGCCGGCCUGAACAAUCGUGAACAAGAGCACCCCGCGGGGAGAAUGCUCGGUGGGUCUUCGGCCCUCAACGGACUGGCGUGGGUCCCGCCCUCUCCCGCAGGGAUCAAUGCGUGGGCAAAGCUAGGCAACCCGAGUUGGAAUUGGGAAACUUUGUUGCCCUAUCUCAAGAAAUCUUACACCAUCACACCUCCUGGCGAAUCUUCUAAGGAAGGCCAAGGUCCAAUUCAAGUGAGCUAUCCUGCUCUUAAGGAGCAAGGCACUUUGCCUCUUAUUGAGGCUUGGAACCAAGCGCUUCAGGACCAAGGAUACGACUACACAACUGACGCCCUCGGGGGCCAGAAGUCGAUCGGAUCUAGGGCUUACACUGCCACUAUUGACCCGGUCUCCGGGUUUCGUAGUAGCGCAGACAGUCAAUACCGGGGAUCUAGUCAUGCAAACUUAAGCAUCGUGACUAACGCAACGGUACGCAAGAUUAUCUUUGCCUCGGGGUCUGAGGAUGCUGUUGCCACUGCAGUGAAGGUUGAGUGGAAUGGAAAAAUUAUGAAUGUCCAGGCAAAGAAGGAGAUUAUUCUUGCGGCGGGUGCUUUCCACACACCUAAGGUGCUCGAGUUAUCAGGAGUGGGACAAAAAGAUCUUCUUGACAAACUCGGUAUUCCCGUCAUCAUCAAUCACCCUGGCGUGGGCGAAAAUUUACAGAAUCAUCUUAUGGGCAUCUUGACCACUCCCCUCAAGAGUGAAGGACUCACGCCUGGUAUCAAAACCUUAGCAUUCACUCGUCUCGACCGAGAUGACCAGGAACGGGUAUUCGCAGCAACCUCGGAACCCAGCACCUCUGGAUUCAACACCUCUGAAAAUGUGAUUAAAUCCAUACUCAGGAGUCCCGAUGAAGCAUCUGCAUUCAAUCUCCUAGCCGUCAUGCCUGGGGGCGUUGCCUUCCUAGCCAUUCUUCCAAGCUUCCCGUUCUCUCGGGGCAGUAUACAUAUUCCAUCGUCUGAUCCCGAUGCAAAGCCGAUCGUUGAUACCCAGUUCCUUACAAAUGAGAUUGACAUUGAAAUUUUGGCACGCCAUAUGCAAAAGCUGCAUGACUUGACUACCUCCCCUGCUCUUGAGUCGUUCCUUCAGCCAAGUCCACCACUGGAGCUAGCAGCGACCAAGGAAAUUUUACGCCAGGCGACCGCCUUAACAGCUCACCACACAUGUGGGACUGCCGCUAUGCUUCCCAGGGAAGCUGGUGGUGUAGUAUCAGAGGAACUCCGAGUUUAUGGAACGAGAAACGUGCGGGUUGUUGACGCGAGUGUAUUACCUUUGAUUCCUCCCGCCAAUCCGAUGGCGACAGUAUAUGCGGUUGCCGAACGGGCGGCUGAUUUGAUUAGGUUGACCUAG